CCAAAACUGAAGAACACCUCUCCCUCUCCCUCUCCCUCUCCCCCUUUUCCUCUCUGUAAUUUCAGAGAAAACAUUUCUAACUUUUCCAGCUCACUUCAGAACUGUCCACUCCUUUACGAACAUCUCUCUCUCUCUCUCUUCUCUCUCUCUCUUCCUCUCUUCUCCGUGUCUCCAUUCUCUGUUUCUCUGGAGAGAGAGAGAGAGAGGCUUUUGGGCAUUGCCCAUCUGCUCAGAGCCCAGCUAGUAGAUCCAAUGCGUUAGCGCAAAGCCCUAAGAAGAACCUGGGAAGCAGAAGACGAAGAAGACGAAGAAGGGGAAAUGGGCGUGUUGAGCGAGUCGCUCUGCUUCUGUAAAGGAGUGAGCAAGUCUGAGAGGAUGAAAGCUACGAUUUUUACCACUAACUCUCCGGGCAUGGCCUUAAUCUCCGGCGCCGGCACCGGGUUCCUGAUCCACCGGAACCUCCUGCUGACCACCCACGUCAACCUCCCUUCCAUCGUCGCCGCCGAGUCAGCAGAGAUCCAGCUCCAGAAUGUAGCCUCCGCAACUCUGUUUCCUCACAGGUUCUUUAUUACCAGUUCCGUUCUCGAUCUAACUAUAGUUGGCUUAGAUUAUAACUCAGAUGGAGACUCAAACUCCCAGAGUCAACACCCUCUUCACUACUUGAAAACGUGCCAGAAACCCAAUCUCGACUUGGGCAGCAUCGUCUACUUAUUGGGCUACACCGACAAGAAGGAAUUAACCAUUGGAGAAGGGAAGGUCGUAAUUGCCACUGAUAAUCUCAUCAAACUGUCCACUGGUGGGGUCCCUUGGGGCCUGGGCUCUGCAGGGUUCGACUCUCAAGGUAACCUCGCUUUCAUGAUCUGCGACCCGAUGAAGCUGGCAACAUCUCCCAACACAAAGUCCUCUUCUACUUCUUCAUCUUCUACUUCAUCUUCGUCAAAGAGGGAUGUUGGGGCUCAGUUUGGGAUCCCAAUCCCAAUAAUAUGUGAUUGGUUGAACCAGCACUGGGAGGGAAGCCUAGAUGAGCCGAACAACAAGCCUAAAUUGCCCAUCAUCCGACUGAUGUCAGCGGGCCCAAGGGCGGAGCAUUCCUCUGCUUCUUUUACUCUCCGUCGGGUUUUUAAAUCGACAGAAGCUGAUGAUGAUGAUGAUGGAGGGACCCCGUGUUCUUCAAACUUAGCCCAGAAAGGUCAGGACCAUGCGGGAUCAAGCUGUACUAUUCCUCCAAAUACAGGCAUCGGGGAGACCAAAAAUAGUACUGACCCUCCUGGGACCCGCUUGCUGGGAAUUCCAACUCCUGAAAUAUAUGAAUCUCCGAAAGUCACCUCGGUGCCUAUGCGUCGAAAAGAAAGUAACCCAGUUCAGCUUUUAGAUAUUAAUUUCCCACCGAGAUUUACUAAACCUGCAGUGCCACUUCGACCGCCCAAACUGCUGAUCCCUCAUUCCGAUGAGAAUUCCGUCAAAGAGCUGCCAUCUCCUCAACCAAGCUCACAAAUAAAGGAAGACGACAAGACCGACGAAGCAGAACCAAUCAAUCACCGUGCAGUUUCAGAGAUUUCUUCCUCAGGUUCUGUUCAAGUGGCCCAAAGCGAGGUCCAGUCUUGCUCAUCGCCUUUAGAAGCUACUGAGAUGAAUGCUGGCUUCAGCAGUGAAGAGGAAACCAUGUACUCCGCAGAAACUGCAGAGAGCAGGAACUACACAAGCCCGAGAGAAGGGCGGUUCCAACAAGUCGGGAGGAGCCAGAGCUGUGUUGGCCACAGCAGAUGGGCCCCGCCAGGGAGCUCGACCACUGCUGCUCGGAGGGCUUUGCUUGAGAAGCAGAGGAGCUUUGUCCAUGGAAGGAAGGUCCACUCUCAAGGGGCGAAUUCUCAGAGGAGUAAUGACUACUUCAGCCCGACUGUGUCUUCAAUCAUGAAGAAGAGAAAUAACUCGGAGCAUCAUCAGCGGACGCACCAGCAGAUUAGGCCGAGGCAGAGUGCUGUGAAUUCAUCUCCGAGAUGGGCGUUCUGAAGAUCAAUUUUCGAUCAAUGCAGGACCCAAAUGAGACAUUGCAUAUAACCCCUUUUUUUCCCUUUAUGUUGCUAUACAGUUUUGUACUUCGUGAGCAUUUCGAGUUCCCAAUAUAAACUGUAAUUAAUGACGAUGUAGAACCUACCAUGAAUAAGGAAUGGUUAGAUCACUUUCCUUUCAGAUAA